AUGACUUUUGGUGGGAAAACCGUCGUGUUAGGUGGAGACUUCAGACAAAUUUUACCAGUAAUUCCAAAGGGCACUAGGAAAGAUAUAGUGGGUGCAAGUAUAAAUUCAUCAUAUCUGUGGAGAAGCUGUAAAGUAUUUAGUCUUACAAAGAAUCUACGGCUUAGGGCAUUGCAAUCAAAGUCUGGAGUUCAAGAGAUUGAAGAAUAUGCAAAGUGGAUUGCUGAUAUAGGUGACGGAACUAUUGGUGAUUCAUUGGAUGGAGAGUGUGAGAUCAACAUUCCAGAUAAAUUCUUACUCAAGUCGGUGGAGGAUCCUAUUUCUACAAUUGUUGAUAGCAUAUUCCCGGGGUUUCGUACUGGAAAUAGAGAUGUCAAAUAUCUAAAAGACUGUGCAAUUUUGGCACCAACUUUGGACGUGGUAGAUAACAUAAAUGAAUACAUGAAUGAAUAUAAUACUGCCGAAGGAAUGCCAUAUCUCAGUUGUGAUUCGGUAUGCAAAUCGGAUUCCAAUGUGGACAUGCUUGCUGAUCUACACACACCGGAGUUUUUAAAUGGAUUACGAUGUUCUAGAGUGCCAAAUCACUCAUUGACUUUAAAAGUUAGAUCACCCGUUAUGCUCAUGAGAAAUAUUGAUCACUCAUUGGGGUUGUGCAAUGGUACAAGGAUGAUCAUUUCAAAUUUGGCUACUCAUGUUUUAGAAGCUCAAAUAUUGACCGGAACAAGUGCUGAUAAAAAACAGUUUGCUCUGGUGGAGUUGGAGAAAUUGCUAUCUUUGUGGGGGAAGAGCCUGAAGGACUUUUCAAAAAUGUCAAUUCCAGACAAAACUAGCAUGGAUUUGAGUCAAGCAUCAUUAACCGAAUCAGACACAUAA